AAUAGUCAAUAUAAUGUAAUGUAAAUAUUAAUAGUAAUCAAAAAAGGAAACCUAAUGAUUAAAACUAAAUCAAAUAUUUGAUUAUGAUAAUUGAACUAAAAUGAAGGAGGAAGAAGAUUAAAUUUAACGUUCAUCUUGAUAGAUGGUUUGUUUUUACUUAAGAUCUGGUUCCUAGAUGAUGAUGUUAAUCAUCCUCUUCCUUUUUUCAUCCUCAUCCUCAUCCUCAUCUUUACAUCUUAUCAUCCUGAUCAUCAUUGUGAACCCAUGGAAAGCAAAUAAAAAACCUUUGAAAUCUAUUGUUCCAGUCUGAAGGUACAUCUUAUUACAUUAUCAAUAUGAAAGUGUUGAACAUGAAUUAUUAGAGAGUAAAAUAAAGAGGAAGACAAGAUGAUAAUGAAGAUAAAGACGAUGAUGGUAAUGAUGAAAGAUAUAACUGAGAGAUACCUUGAAAAAUGAUCUUUAUGGAACAACAAAGAGAAGAGCUAAAAGCCAGGAGAGUUGACAAAAAUUGUUCGAAUGACAUGGAGUGAGAGAGAAAAGGAUAUAAAGGUAAUAAGACGAAAGGGGAGAAAUGUAAGAUGAUAAGAGAGAAGAUGGGGAAAAAAAAGAAAGUAAAGAAAGAGAAAAACAAAUGAAAGACAAAAGGCAUGACUGAAACGAAUUCACCAUGUUUAGUAUCAAUUUCAUGUGAGGAGGAAAAAACGAGGACUCGAACUCAUUGGGAAGCCUCAGAAUUGUGAGUCGACUCAUUUUCAUUUGUUAUAACUUUUUUAGCUUUUCUCAAUAUUCCCAUAGGAAAAUGAUGAUGGAGGAAAAAAGAAGAUAAAGAAAGAAAGAAAGAAAGAAAGAAAGAGAGAGAGAGAGAGAAAUGAUGAUAAGUAAAAGGCAACUGAAUAGACCGCUCGUAAAUCCAAUGAUAAUGUCGAUUGAGUUUGGAGUUUGUUUUUUUUCACUCCCAGGAUAUGAAAAGUAUUCUUACCAUUAAACUGAAUGUUAUUCAUCAUUUCUCAUUAAAAUGAUUAACUUGAUUGUGAUGAAAAUUAAUAAAUAUUUAUAUAUAAACGUUAACCAAUAGAUAAUAAUAAAUUAAAAUCCAAUGGAUUGUAACCAGCAAACGAUAAUCAAUCAACAAUCAACCAUGUAAAAGGCUCAAAAAUCAACAACUAAUCAGUUUUUUCGUGUCUUGUUAAUUGUUCAUCAUCUCUUUUGUCCUAAAUUGUUUCUUUUUCUGCCAAUACAAUCACAAUAAUAAACCUAAGCCUUAUCAUCAUCAUCAUAAUCAUCAACCUAAUUGCAAUAUUACCUGAAUAAUCAGUCGACUAUUAAUACAACGAUAAUAUUCAAAUUCCUUAUUAUUUAUCAAUGAAUCAAAUUUGAUAUAAUUUGUUUCCAUUAAUCUUGAUUGCGUUUCUCCUUAAUCUUCAAUUUAAUCAAUUGUUAUCACCUUAUUUUCAUUUCUAGUUUCAAGUUUGUUCAUUUUACUUUUAUUCUGGUUUUCAUUAUAUCUCCCAUGUUAUAUUACAUGUAACCAGAAUUUAAACUCAUUCCACAAAUAUUGUUAACCAUUACAUUUUCUGGAUCGAUACUAAAAUCCACUGGACCUUGACUUAGCAGUGAAAAUAAGAGUCUCUCAAUCCUUCAUAACAUUUACUUUACCCUUUCUAAUCCUUUUAAUCUCAUCCUUAAUCUUAAAGUAAAUUCUAAUCGACAUCAUCAUCAUCAUCAUGGUCAAAUUAAUUCCAUUGAGAAAUUUUAUUCUUCAAAAAUUAGCCCUUGUGAUUAUCAUCCUCAUCUUAUCGAUGGUUAAUAUUUAUAUUAAAGGAAAUUGGAAGACAAAUAAUUCUGAUAAUGAUGAUACUGGACAAUCGAGAAUCAUUAAUCAACAAUUAAAAGAAAAUAAUGAUAAUGAAAUAAUUAACAACUUGAAGACAAUCAAUGAUCAUGAAAAGUUGACACAAUCAAAAUUAGUGGGAAAAUUAUUGUUAAAUUAUAAUAACAAUGAUAAUAAUCAAGAAAAUAUAAAUAAUCCAGAAUAUCGUGGAGUUGAUAUUGUUAGAAGGACAAUCAAAUCAAUAGAAGAAAAUCAAAAUAAUCAAUUAAAUGUACUACAAUCAAGACGAAAACGUAGAAAUCUUUUGACAAUCAAUGAAAAAGAUAAUCAAUCAUCACCAACACAAUCAACUUCCGUCUCAAAUGAUGAAACCAAUGGAGAGAUCAAAGUUAAUACAAGUGAACCAAUUCAACCAACUAAAUCACCUAAAACUAAGACACGAAAAUCCAAAUCCAAAUCAAAAUCAAAACCAUCAACGGAAGGUGAAGGGUCAACAUCAACAUCAACAACCCCAACCACAACCACAACCACAACACCAUCAUCAACAUCAACCAAUGAAACUAAUCCAGAAUCUGGUAAACCCAAAACCGGGAAAAAAAAGAAAACAAAAUCCAAAAAAGUUACACAAGAAUCAAAAAAUGAUACUAUAACUGAAUCGCCGGUAACAAUACGAAGUCACCUUCCACCUAAAACAAUGAUUCCAUUAAUUAAGAACGUUAAAAUUAAGGACUGUACGGCUCCGGCCUACAAAGAGUUUCCGAACGAUAUAUUUGGUAAUAAGGCUCGAAAACACGGCGCGGUCAUUGUUCACAUCGCGGUUGCUUGUUAUAUGUUUUACUGUUUGGCAAUUGUUUGUGAUCAUUAUUUCUUAACCUCACUGGAAGAAUGUUCAUCGAGACUCAAUCUAUCAUCGGAUGUUGCUGGUGCUACUUUAAUGGCCGCUGGUUCAUCGGCUCCUGAGCUUUUCACAGCAAUUCUAGGUGUAUUCGUGGCCAAAGGUGAUGUCGGCACUGGAACCAUUGUUGGUUCCGCUGUUUUCAAUAUACUUUUUGUUAUUGGUCUUUGUGGUGUUUUAACAGCCUCGACUGUUUUAACUUGGUGGCCAGUUGCAAGAGACUCAAGUUACUACACAUUCACAGUUUUAGUCCUCAUAUUGGUUUCAUAUGAUGGCGAAGUGACAACUUUUGAAUCGGCACUUAUGCUGAUAUUUUAUGUUGGUUAUAUUGUUCUGAUGCAUUUUAACCAUCAAAUUCGUGAUCUGGUCACUACCAAAUUAAAAGAAAGAGGUUUUCUGGCCACUAUACAAGAGGAAGUGGGAGAAAUUGAUGAAAUUAAGCCACAAAGUCAAUCAGUUGCUUAUUACCAAUCAAUGCAAGUGGAUGAAUGGGGUUAUAGUAAUCAACAGGCAAUUAGUAACAAUUACAAUAACUACAAUUCCUAUGGUAAUUCAUAUUCAAACACUGGUGGUUACUCUUAUUCCUCUGGUUUACCUCCAUCCAUGGACCCAAAUAAAGUGUCUCUCUACGAAGCAGCUCAGAUCGUUAUAAUCAAACAUAAGCGUCUAUUUCCGGCCAUUUCUCGUUUCCGGGCUGCAGCAAAUUACACAAUCUCAGUUAACCGUAAACAAAAUGGUAGUAACAAUAAUAGAAGUCAAAAACAACGACAGCAACAAUUUAACUAUAAAACAGGAGACGGCGAUUCAACGGCAGGUUUAUCCAAAUUAGCCCGUGAAAGGAUAACCUCAAGUCCUAAUGUUGAUGACUGGUCACUCGUACCUAAUCCAGUAGUUGAAGGAUGGUUACCAGUAAUUAGAUGGUGUAUCAUUGCCCCUUUACAUGCAACCCUAUUCUACACGAUUCCUAAUUGUAAAACAAGAAGUAACCUUUUCCUGGCCACUUUUCUCAUGUCCGUCUUUUGGAUUGCAGUUUUUUCCUACAUCAUGGUUUGGAUGGUAACUCUUGUUGGAUUUACCUUCGGAAUACCAGAUAGUAUAAUGGGAAUAACUUUCCUUGCUGCAGGAACAUCGAUACCUGAUGCAUAUGCAUCGAUUCACGUCGCUCGACAGGGUCAAGGAGAUAUGGCUGUGUCCAACUCGAUAGGAAGUAAUGUUUUCGAUAUCCUUGUUGGUUUAGCACUUCCCUGGUUCGUUGAGACGGCACUUUGGCAACCCGGAACUACUGCGAGCAUCAAUAGUCGAGGAUUAUUUUAUGCUAUCAUUUUAUUAUUUCUUUCCCUUUGUGUGACCAUUUUCCUCUUCCAUCAUAAUAACUGGACACUUAAUCCUAAAUUGGGAUAUGCCUUACUUGCCACUUAUGCUGUUUUCCUUGUCUUUUGUGGAGCUCUUGAGCUUAAUCUACUUGGUUACGUUAAUCCAGUUAUGUGUGAUGAAUGAGCGUCUUAAUCAUUAUUAUUAUCGUUAUGAUUGUAUGUAUCAUCAAUGUAGCUUUAUUUAUCUUAAUGAUGGACACUCAACUUUUUAUUUGAAAAUCAAAGAGCCAAUUUUGUGUGACAAUCGCGAUUAACGGUAAAUUUAAGUGAUGAAAACAAAACUUUUCAACAACUACAAACCUUGUUGUUAAAUUGUCACUUAAUUGUUGAUCAUGUAAAAGAUAACAAAUCUGAUAUCUAUUGGAAAUUAAAACAAUUAAUAAUCUACCAUUAAAUUUAAUUGUAAUAAACAAUCAAGUUCAAA